AUGACCCCAAAACCGUGGCAAGAGAUUGCCGCGGACAAGAAAGCUGAGCAAGCGUCCCGAAUCCCCUCCGAAUGGAAGCUCUCAGAAAAGGUGCUGAAAAAUGCCGAGACAACCGUUGACUUGCGACCAAUCGCAGCUUCCUGCGGUAUUCUAACUGCCAAAGAGCUGAAGAUCACUGACGAGUACGAUGCAACAGACCUGGCUGCCGAGGUCGCAAAGGGUACCUAUACUGCCGUUGAAGUAACAACAGCGUAUUGCAAGCGGGCAGCCAUCGCACAACAGCUCCUCAGCUGCCUGACCGAAAUAAGAUUUCUGGAAGCAAUUGAAGACUCUAGGAAGUUGGAUGAAGAAUUUAAGAAAACAGGCAAGCCAGUAGGCCGCCUACACGGGGUACCCAUGACUUGCAAGGAAUGCUUCCAUUUGAAGGGAUUCGACUCUAGCAAUGCAUAUAUUACUCGGUGUUUCGAUCCAGCAACCUUCGAUUCUUACUUGAUCCAACUCCUUAACGCCGAGGGCGCGGUAUUCAUCGCCAAGACAAAUAUACCUCAAAGCAUGUUGGCUGCAGAAGCACACAACAAUGUCUUUGGCCAAACGAAGAACCCCGUUGUUUCUCAUUUGAAUUGUGGUGGGAGCAGUGGAGGAGAGGGCUCAGUAUUAGCUUAUAAAGGUAGCGCACUUGGUAUAGGCACAGAUGUUGCUGGGUCUAUUCGCAGAUGCCCCUGUGCGGCUAAUGGUGUUUACGGAUUCAAGCCUUCAAACGGCAUUUUCCCUAUGAUCAACUAUGCCGCAUCUAACUGGCCUGGCAUGAAUACUGGUAUUCCAGCUGUCUGUGGACCCAUGGGAAAUUCAGCGCGAGAUCUCACGCUCUUCUACCGAGUUAUUCGCGAUGCAAAACCAUGGAAUUACGACCCGGCGUUGGUACCACAGAAGUCCGAAUGCGACACAUCAGAUCGGAAGCCAGUAGUUGGUGUAUUUACAGAGAGUGGAAAAUGCACACCACACCCUCCAGUCCGCAGAGCCAUCAAGGAAGCCGUCGCCAAACUCAAAGAAGCCGGAUUUGAGGUCCGGGAGUUUGUUCCCCCGGAUUUCACCGAAAUUCGGAACUUGUCCCAUGAGCUGCUCUCCCUUGACGGGCUAUCAUAUGCCAAAGGACAAAUGGAGGAAGCAGGUGAGCCGCCGGUGGUGUCAGUACUGAAGUCUGGCUUCUGGGAUAAGCAGCGGAAAACGUUUGAGGAAGCAUGGGCUUUCAACGCGAAGAAAAUCGAGAUGCAAAAAAAGAUGUUAGAUGCGUGGCAAGCAGCAAAGGUGGAUGUUGUCUUGGGCCCAGCAGGACCUCACACGGCCGUUACACCUAAUGAAUGGGUCAACUAUAUGUACACUGUUGCAUGGAACGUAGUAGAUUACCCGGCCUGUAUUGUUCCUUUCACAACCGCAGACCCGGAGAAAGAUCCAAAAGACACUUCUUUCAACCCUCAGUCUGAGUUGGAUGCCCAAAAUGAGGCCAUGUAUGACCCGGUUCGCAUGGCAGGAGCCCCCGUUGCUAUCCAACUCGUUGGACCACGGCUCGGUGACGAACAGUUAUUGAAGGACGUUGAAAUGAUUGAUACUGUAUUGAAAGCUUGAUACUUAGGCUUCAAAGUUUGCAUGUCAGCCAUCGUGAAGAAGCAUUGAGUAGUUGAUUGAUUGAAUUAGAGCUUUCCACGCUUCCCAUAUGCCGGUUUCCUUCUGAGAAUUAUUUUUUUCGGUUUCCAUUCCUACAUACAAUCAGAUUAUACUACACUGGGGUUAGGAGUCGAGUACGCCUGCUCGACACGAUGCAAUGUUUUAGGCGUUAUCACGGUCCCGAUCCUGGGACAUUUGCGUCUAGCCAUCAUUGCAAUUGGAAUAUUUGAAAGUAACGAGAAAUUGAUGAAGUUUAUAGAUCAGUGGAAGAUAUUUGGC